AUGGCACUUGUAGGACCUACUGUACCGCCGCCCUUCACCUAUGCUCGGAUCCGUGGGGAGUUAGACUCUCCAACUGCUUGGCCUUUCCUGAGCACUUUCGAAGCAGCCAAGCUCCUCCACGCUAGAACCUUGAAGGAGCAGUAUAUGGAGCAAGGAAGAUGUGCUUCUCAGCCUUCAUUCUUCCUGCCAAGAUUUGAGUGGCCGAACGUUGACUCGUCGCAACUCACCAACGCGUUGAACGUGUCAAGCGAUGACGCGGUUGAUGAGAUCGGACUCAUCGCGCCCAUGCCUCCAUGGCAGGAUCGCGUGUGGAUGCAGAACCAAGUGUUAUCAAGAGCCCCCAAUUGGCAGCAGCACCUAACGGACAUUCGUAAUGUCCUGGUCGAGAUUCAGAACAAGAGAUUUCUCUCCCAGGCGGGAGUGAACAGCCUCUUGACGAUCAUGCUCUACGGCCUGGAAGGCAUCAUCGGCAAGAUCUCCUCGCCGCUACGGAUCUGUCUGUACAAGCAGGGAAACGUCUACGUUCCGGCGUUUUAUCGAUCUCCUCCUACUGAUUAUCAGUACGUUCCUGGAACGCGACUUGUCCGCGGCAACCAUAGCGGAGGUCUCCCCUACCCGAACUGGACCUGGUUCAACAUGGCAGGAAGACGGUUCCUUGUCGGAGCUGUUCAGUUCUUUGACGGCGCAACCAACAGUGGAAUCCAUUGGGCAACGAUCAUCUUCGAUCGUCAGACUGCUACUCUUUACUACAUUGAUACACUCGCGUUUGGUAGAGAGGAAAGAUGUAGAGCCGCCUGUUACUCAGUUCGCAGUUUCUGGACCGAACAAGGCCACCCGUUUACUUUCACCGCUAUCUGUCUCAACCUCACUUCCCACGAAAUGCCGGGUUCAUCGGGAGUACUGGCGAUCUUCACACUUUGGGUGAUGAUCAGAGGUUUGGUCGGACGUGAUAUCCGUGCUAUGGACCUCACACAAGUGCUCCCUGUCUACCCAUACCCGGCUAUCCCCCUAGCGAUGUUCGACAGCGCCAUAGGACUCCUCGCCCCAGACUGGCACCUCUGGAGCUCCCGGGAGAAGUCACUUAGCCAGGCACGUGCUCUGUUGGCCGCGAUCUGCUGCAAUGAGCUAGGCAUCAGGAACGGGAAGAUCCGGCUCGUCGCCGGACCCGAGGCCCCCAUCCACGGGGCCUCCCGCUUCUGCUUCCACCUGUUCGGCAGCCCCGCAGCCAUGUACACAAUAUCCAGCGGCUUCUCAGCUCUCGGAGGCUACCUCCCCAUCGAAAUCUCACCCAUCCAGCAGUUCCCCGCCAACUGGAGACGAGUCUUUAUGUCGCCCUUUCUCUCAGGAAACUUCAACCCUAGAUACUGCCCGUUUCUCUGGGAGCGUGCCGUGCCUACCUUGUCACCAGAUGAGCUCCCACCGCCGCCACAUUGGUUUCGGCGUCCGCGUAUCGACGGAGGCCACAGCGAGCUGAGGGCCGGAAAACCUUAUGAUCCUACGAUGUAUCUGUCCCUCAUGCCGCGCGUGCCUAAUUACAUGUAG